AGGUGUGUGCAUCAAGUUGAUCCAAACAUAGAAUUCCCAGUCGCCUUCCAAUAGAGGAUAGAGAAAGGAAAAUUUAUCGACUGCCGAUACUCCAUCCCGAGCAAUAUUCGUGUGGCGUGAACUACGCUUGUGUUUGGACGUCGCUGGUGGCUUUUCCCCGGUAGUGAUAGUAGUAACCCGAAACGAAAGGCUUCACCAAACAUCCGCCAGAAAAAGUCAGUGCGGAAAACCUGAAAAUCGCUAGUCGAGGAAAAACCAGGAAAAUAUUAGCUAUCCCACCCCGCGACCCCAUCGGCGCCAGCAUCGACAGAACCAGCAGCAGUACCUGCCUGCUACGAACCAGUGAAAAAGGGCUGCACACCGUUUUUUUUAUCGCGUGUUGUGUGUUGCAUAGGAAAAUCGGAAACCCGAGAUAGAGCGAAAAAGUGUGCGGUUCCCAUUUUAAUUAGAUCCGACGUAGACGAAUCGUAAAAGAAGAAAAAGAACCAAUGGCUGCUAUAAGGAAAAAGCUGGUGAUCGUCGGCGAUGGUGCCUGCGGUAAGACUUGUCUGCUGAUCGUCUUCAGCAAAGAUCAGUUCCCGGAGGUGUACGUCCCGACCGUGUUCGAGAACUACGUGGCCGACAUCGAAGUCGACGGCAAGCAGGUCGAACUAGCGCUAUGGGACACGGCUGGACAGGAAGACUACGACAGACUGAGGCCGCUGAGCUACCCCGACACCGACGUUAUCCUCAUGUGUUUUUCCGUCGAUUCGCCCGACUCGCUGGAGAACAUCCCCGAGAAAUGGACCCCAGAGGUCAAACAUUUCUGCCCCAACGUACCCAUCAUUUUAGUCGGCAACAAGAAAGAUCUCAGAAAUGACCCUCAUACAAUAAAGGAGUUGUCCAAAAUGAAGCAGGAACCGGUCAAGCCGCAGGAAGGGCGUGCGAUGGCGGAGAAAAUUAACGCGUUUGCCUACUUGGAGUGUUCGGCCAAGUCAAAGGAGGGCGUCCGUGAAGUAUUCGAAACCGCCACGAGAGCAGCGUUACAGGUCAAAAAGAAGAAGAAGAGUAAAUGUGUUCUGCUCUAAAAGAGCAAAACAUCCAUUUCUACUACGAUUGUGUAUGGUGAGGUCCGCGCAUGGCUUCGAUGAGCGCCGAUCGAGCCAGGAACGUGAGGAAGAGCAAAAAGGAAGGAGGAAAAACGGUAGGGGAAAGGGAAAGUCGAGCGAGGAGUUGAUAACAGCAAGGAAAGAAGGGACACAAUGCCCGCAGAUGAGGUGAAAAAACAAGGCUCGACGUGCAACUAAAGUAAAGAGGUAAACAAACAAAACAUACGGUAGAUCGAGAGAGAGAGAGGGAUGGCCAAGCGUGUAGAAAACCAUACAAACCGCCGCCGCCCCGACGAUGAGGAAAACGCGAAAACCCGCAAGUUUCUAUAAUGCUCCCAAACGCCGCCACCUGGCGUGCGGCCCCCAACCGAGCGAAUUGCGAUCAUAAGGCAAGCAGCAGCAGCAGCCGGGGUGUGGUAUGGGGGUGAAGCUGGUUGAAUUGAGGAAUCCUCUUUUAAAAAGAAUGAAAUUGAACCAUCAUCCUUUUCGAUUGAUCCUUCGUGAGAAGACCAAAACACAAAGCAACAGAUGAGCAAACACAAACAAACGAAGUCAGGAUUAGGAUUGGAUUUGUAUGUCUAACGGCGCGCGCUUUUGAGCGAACCCGUCGGAAGGGGUCCCCCGGAAAAUAGUAUCUGUCCGCCGUCAUCUCCCGUUUUAUAUUUCAUUGAUCCAAACCAUUCGAAAUGUGUUGGAAAUGUUUUACAGAAGCCGCAUCGAAUGCGUUUCCUUUUCGUGCGGUCAUCCGUAUUGAGGCUGGAGGCCCGCCACCGGGAUACACCCGGAAGUACCAUCCAUGCGUAACGUGUCACCAUUUUACUUUGGGAGAGUUCUCACUUAAUCCGGAAGCAGUGGGACAAUCCCGACUGCAAAUGACAAAAACAGGAUGAUACGAUCAUACAAGGGAAUGCAAUCAACAAACGGGAACGGAAGUGUGCACUUCUCUUUAGUAGAGCCCGUCGUUGCCUUUUUCUUUUCUUUGUUGGGCCCAUCACUCCGCGGGCACGCAUCUUUUUUUUUAAGUAGGAGAGGACGGAAAAAACGGAACGGUCUGUACUAGGUUUUUAGGGUUUAUGUUUCUCAUAUUCGGCUCCCAUCUUUCUUUUUAUUAACACAUACACACACGUACACACACACACAAACACACCACAUAUGCAUACAUACAUAGCAUGGCAUCUAUUAGAUGUGUUUUUUUAUUAUUAACUAUUUGGUAAGCGGUUAAGUAAGUGUUGUGUAUGCAAAACAAAAGAACAAAUUACAAAACAACAGCAAAAAAAACUAUUCAAGAGAAUCCGUGUGUGUUUCGUUUAUGUUGAUGAGAAUGUUAGGAGAAUGAUGUUAGCGCCAGGACGAACGUAGAAACAUGGAACAUGGCAUUCAUAAUACGGCAGGAAAAUGGAAAUGGAACAUAAGCAGCAUAUUACUGCUACCACCACCACCACCACAUUAAUUUAGUAGCAGAUGAAAGUGGAACCGUCAAUGACACAAAACCACGUUUUCUUCUCGUUCAUUCUCACAUGCAUUUGCUAAACAUUAUCAAGCAUAGAUUAUUCAUCCAACUGGACAGGAAACUUUACACAGCAUCUGGGACAUUAUACUUGUGCCCGUUGCUUGCGGGCAUCCCAAAAACAUCUCCGAACAUCCACUUAAAAGGUAGCGCAACAAAAUAACUCCCUCAAUAAGUUUCGUAGCUUUCGGCGGCGAUUUGGAAAGGUAGGAUUUUAAUUUGUUUUUGAAUGCUGUCGUUCCAUUGAAACAAGAAGCAUGGUAAAAGGAAGCAAGUCUAACGCAUAUAUGCUACGCAUGCCGAUGAAAUGCCGAAAUGAUGAAGGGAGUGGUUUGAAUUGAAUGAUUACGAAUGUUUCCCUUACGGGGGGUCAGCAGAAGUAGAAGUAGUACAGGCCGAGCAGGAUGAAGAACAACGCGGCGGCAACGAAAACGAUGAUAAAGAUGGUGACGAUGAUGAGAAGGAGAUGAAUUUAGGCUAGUAUAGAUGUAACGCAGAUAAAAGAAAGUGAAAAAAAAACAGAUUAAACGAAAGAGAGCGUAAGUUGGAUUGAGCGAGUGAGGGAAGAGUCAGAAUUUUAAAAAUAGAAA